UUUCCUCACUGUGCCAUAGCACAUGGAUUUCAAGACUUCCAGUGAGGAGACAAAGACUGGGGUUUAUUUGCUGCAAGAUGGAAAUCAGGAGCCUUUCAGUGUUCGGCUGCACUUAGCUAAAGACAUUCUGACUAUUCAAGAACAAGAUGUCAUCUGCGUGUCUGGGGAACCUUUCUAUUCAAGCGAAAGAACUGUGACAAUCAGAAGACAGACUAUUGGAGGAUUUGGCUUAAGUAUUAAGGGUGGUGCAGAACACAAUAUCCCUGUUGUGAUAUCAAAAAUUUCUAAAGAGCAGAAAGCUGAACUGUCUGGAUUGCUGUUCAUAGGAGAUGGAAUUCUUCAGAUAAAUGGCAUAAAUGUGAGAAGCUACCGCCAUGAAGAAGUGGUGCAGGUUUUGAGGAACGCCGGGGAGGAGGUGACAUUGACAGUCUCCUUCUUGAAAAAGACACCGGCUUUCCUGAAAUUGCCUCUCUGUGAAGAUUGCACAUGUGUACCCAGUGACCAGAGCAGCGGAACGUCAUCACCGCUCUGUGAUAGCGGUUUACACUUGAACUAUCAUCCAAACAAUACGGACACGCUGUCCUGCUCGUCAUGGCCCACGUCUCCGGGGUUACGGUGGGAGAAGCGAUGGGUUGACUUGCGCCUCAUCCCCCUGCUUCAUUCUCGCCUGUCACAGUAUGUCCCGGGUUCGGAUGUCUGCAGGCAAAAUGCAUUUCAAGUGAUUGCAGUGGAUGGGGUGUGCAGUGGAGUAAUUCAGUUUCCCACUGCUGAAGACUGCUUAGACUGGCUUCAAGCUAUAGCAAGUAAUAUAUCUGGUCUCACAAAGCACAAUGUGAAGAAGAUAAAUAGAAAUUUUCCAGUAAACCAACAGAUCAUCUACAUGGGUUGGGUAGAUGAGAAGGAACAGGACUCUGUACAGGACCGAAUGUAUACACCAAAGUUCCUUGCCUUGAGAGGGUCGUCGCUCUUCAAAUUCUCAGCACCUCCGGUAACCACAUGGGACUGGACCAGGGCAGAAAAAAGCUUCACUGUGUAUGAAAUCAUGUGCAAAAUUUUAAAGGACAGUGACCUUCUGGACCAGCGGAAACACUGCUUCAGCCUCCAGACAGAGUGUGGGGAAGACAUGUUCUUCAGUGUGGAGCUGGAGAGUGAGCUGAUGAUUUGGGAGAAGGCCUUCCAAAUGGCGACCUUCUUAGAAGUUGAGAGAAUACAGUGCAAAACAUAUGCUUGCAUAAUGGAAAGUCACCUAAUGGGACUCACAAUAGACUUCGGAAUGGGUUUUAUAUGCUUUGAUGCAGCAUCAAAGGCUGUACUCUGGCGAUACAAGUUCUCCCAACUAAAAGGGUCGUCUGACGAUGGAAAGAGCAAGAUCAAAUUCCUCUUCCAAAAUCAGGACACUAAACUCAUUGAAGCCAAGGAGCUGGAGUUUUCGAAUCUGUUCGCGGUGCUGCAUUGUAUCCAUUCGUUUUUCGCUGCCAAAGUUGCUUGCCUGGAUCCGCUGUUCGUGGGUAGUCAGGGCACGGCGGCGGCGGCCGUGGCCAACGUGGCGGCCACCGUUUCUUGUACUGCGCCGACAGGGAAGAUCAAAUUCUCCACCUGACAGCGCCCUAAUGGGCAGACCUCCCCCGUUUCCCCGCUCCCUUGGGGGUUCCCUGGCUGUAUCACGACACACAACAUGCUCAUCAUAUCACAGCCUGGAGGAAAGCCACACCGCCCUGGCCAGCACAGGAUAGUUUCACCAUUAAGGACUAAAGGAAUCCUCAUGAAGACCGUGUUUGUUUGUUUGCUUGCUUUUCCUUCAGAGAGAGCGUAGCCUGAACUGCAAAAUGGAGGAUUUUAGUGUACCCCAAUUUUAGGGCGCAAAGCUGCACCACCAACUGGAAGCAACCAGAGUCGACUGAUAAAGACAUUUUGAUCGGAACUCUGAACUGAUUGGACCGUCGGACCCGUUUUAAACGCAUUGGAAUAAAAUAAUUUCCAGUUAAUUUUGAACCUGUGUUCAGAUUAUUCUAAAUGAGAUGUUUACAAGUAUUGAGGUAGUAAGAAAAUGGCAAAGAAAUGUAUUGAUGUCUCAUACAAUACUGCAGGUGUUGGCGCUGUUUAAACUGCUGUCUUUUAUUCCAUAAAUCAGACAUGUUCAUAUUUCUUUCCCAUCAACGGCGUUGCCUGCAAACUUUCCACCACAAUUUUAAUCUACCUUUCCAUUGUGACAUCAUCUGACAGAUCACAGCACAGGUGAACUUCCAGGACUCUGUCAAUCAAGCUGAUAAGCCUCUUAGCCAGCCUGAGUUAUUUUUUAUUUUUAGUGUAUUUCUUACCCAAAAAUAUACUACCGUAGUACCUGCCAUUCUAACAUGUCAUUCUCAGAAUGCACCCUAAGAGUUUUCAUGUUGUAUGGACUAAGUAGUAUAUUAAUUGACCUUAUAUUUAGUCCAUUCACCCAGGUUCAAACACACACAGUAAAUCUUAAGUCAA